AGAAGGCGGCCCCCCUCUCUCGGCCCGGCCAUCUUGUGGGAAGAGCUGAAGCAGGCGCUUUUGGCUCGGCGCGGUCCGCUGCAAUCCGUGGAGGAACGCGCCGCCGAGCCACCAUCAUGCCUGGGCACCUACAGGAAGGCUUCGGCUGCGUGGUCACCAACCGAUUCGACCAGCUAUUUGACGACGAAUCGGACCCUUUCGAGGUACUGAAGGCAGCAGAGAACAAGAAAAAAGAAGCCGGCGGGGGCGGCGUUGGGGGCCCCGGGGCCAAGAGCGCGGCUCAGGCCGCGGCCCAGACCAACUCUAACGCGGCGGGCAAACAGUUGCGGAAAGAGUCCCAGAAAGACCGCAAGAACCCGCUGCCCGCCAUCGUCGGCGUGGCCGACAAAAAGGAGGAGACGCAGCCGCCGGUGGCGCUUAAGAAAGAAGGAAUAAGGCGAGUUGGAAGAAGACCUGAUCAACAACUUCAGGGUGAAGGGAAAAUAAUUGAUAGGAGACCAGAAAGGCGACCACCUCGGGAAAGAAGAUUUGAAAAGCCCCUUGAAGAAAGGGGUGAAGGAGGUGAAUUUUCAGUUGAUAGACCGAUUAUUGAAAGGCCUAUUCGAGGCCGAGGUGGUCUUGGAAGGGGUCGAGGAGGCCGUGGACGUGGAAUGGGCCGAGGCGAUGGAUUUGAUUCUCGUGGCAAACGUGAAUUUGAUAGGCAUAGUGGAAGUGAUAGAUCUUCUUUUUCGCAUUACAGUGGCCUGAAGCAUGAGGACAAGCGUGGAGGUAGCGGAUCUCACAACUGGGGAACUGUCAAAGAUGAAUUAACAGAGUCUCCCAAAUACAUUCAGAAACAAAUAUCUUAUAAUUGCAGUGAUUUGGAGCAAUCAAAUGUGACUGAGGAAACACCUGAAGGUGAAGAGCACCCAGUGGCAGACACUGAAAAUAAGGAGAAUGAAGUUGAAGAGGUUAAGGAAGAGGGUCCAAAAGAGAUGACUUUGGAUGAAUGGAAAGCUAUUCAAAAUAAAGACCGAGCAAAAGUAGAAUUUAAUAUCAGAAAACCAAAUGAAGGUGCUGAUGGACAAUGGAAAAAGGGAUUUGUUCUGCAUAAAUCAAAAAGUGAAGAGGCUCAUGCUGAAGAUUCGGUUAUGGAUCAUCAUUUCCGGAAGCCAGCAAAUGAUAUAACGUCUCAACUGGAGAUCAAUUUUGGAGACCUAGGCCGCCCAGGACGUGGUGGCAGGGGAGGACGUGGUGGACGUGGGCGUGGUGGACGUCCAAACCGUGGCAGCAGGACUGAUAAGUCAAGUGCUUCUGCUCCUGAUGUAGAUGACCCAGAGGCAUUCCCAGCUCUGGCCUAACUGGAUGCCAUAAUACAACACUGGUUCCUUUGUGGACCCUCCUGUUCAAAGCUUUUGCAUGCUUAAGGAUCCCAAACAACUAAGAAUUAAAAAAAAAAAAAGACUGUCAUUCAUACCAUUCACACCUAAAGACUGAAUUUUAUCUGUUUUGAAAACGAACUUCUCUAGCUACACAGAAGUAACAAAUAUGUUAGUCAGUUUUGUAUUUAGAAAUGUAUUGGUAGCAGGGAUGUUUUCAUAAUUUUCAGAGAUUAUGCAUUCUUCAUGAAUACUUUUGUAUUGCUGCUUGCAAAUAUGCAUUUCCAAACUUGAAAUAUAGGUGUGAACAGUGUGUACCAGUUUAAAGCUUUCACUUCAUUUGUGUUUUUUUAAUUAAGGAUUUAGAUGUUCCCUCAAUUACAAGCUGGUUUUAAAUAUUAGACAAAAUACUGGUUUUAAUAUCUGCUUUGCAUUUUCACACAUGGUCAGCUGGGACAUGUAAACUUCUGAUUUACCAGAUUUUAUGCUGCGUGGAAUACUAACCACUGUGUAUUUUAACUAUAUAUUUUUAUUUGGGAGUUGAAAUUUUGUUUUUCACAUCUUAUGAUAGCUGAUAUAUACUAAAUCUUUAUACAGAAUUAUCAGUACUUGAAGAAACUCAAAACACAUUGGUUUAUUAACUCUUGGCUCAUGCAUGGUUUAUUAGGUUAAAAUUAUACCUGAUUGACUUAUAUUUACUUUUAAAACGUAUGGCUUCUCCAUUUUAAAAGUAAAACUAAACACUGCUUUUGGAGCUUGUGUAAGUUACUUGUUAGAGACACAGUCUGUGUUCAUUGAAAUAGUUCUGUGGGUGGGUUUAUGUUCCCUCUAACAAGGCGGAUAGGGUAAAUUAGUUUGGUUAAUAUCUAAUAGUUAAACUUGUGUAAAAUAAGAGUUUGACCAUUUGGUCUUUGUGUAUGAAAGACCCCAAAAUCAAGAUGGUUAUCUGUAAUUAACAGUCUCUUAUUGAUUUAUAAAAACCAAAGGGCACUCAUUGGUUAGUUUGCUGAGAUGGAAAACUAUCUUGUAUUUCAAAACCAGCUUUACUUUUAGGUUGGAACAGCAACACCAUACAUAAAAUACAAGUCUUGUUUAUGAUUUUGUCCUGGGUGGAUAGAUAAAUGCUUCACAGAAAGUGUUAAGUAUCAGUUUCCGUUUCCUUCAUUAGAAAAUUAGGUAAUUAAUGGAUUCUUUGAACAGAAGCAUCAUCGCUUGUUAAAAGUACGUACAUAGAAUUAUCAGAAAACAAGUUUUCAAGGAUAUUUUUAUUCACAUUUAUUAAUUAACCAGGGGAGGAAUUUUAUUCAAAGCUUUAAAACUUAUCAAUUGUUAGUAUUUUCUUUUCAAAUCUCUGUUGUAAUUUUAGAAAUAACGGAUAUUUCAAUCUUAUAUUUCCUAGUUAGAUAACUGUUUUUUUAUGUACACCUCUAAAAGAUAUUGUAUAGGUCAUUUAGUUACUCAUUUAAUUGCACUUACGGUUGCCAGCAAAUCUGGCAGCUUGGAAAGAAGGUAUUUUUUAAAAAUAGACUUGUGCUGAUACUUAUGCUGCGCGUGUUCUGUACCAAGGCUUCAAAUGUUUAGACACCUUUGUAAGGUAAGGGUUAGUUCGUGUGGACUUGUUGGUCCUUUGACUGCAGCAUACGCACCAUUAAGUCAGUAUGUUUAAACUUUCAAGUAUCUUAAUUCACUUUUUAAUAGUAACAUCUUUAUAAAUCCCAUUUUCCAGCAACAUGUAUAAAACACCACCUCUUAGAAACACGGUUUUACUUCCUGAGUCAUUAUCACCAAAAAACAUAUAGUGGCAUUUACAAGAUUAUUGCAUGCUUUCAAAGUAGGUUGAAUUGGUUGAGGUAGGUCUGUUUCUGUCUGAUACCUGUGAAUUUCCUUUCAGGUCCACUUUUUGUCAAGAACCAAACGUAGACUUUCUGUUUAUUAAGAAGAGCAAUUUAUUUUCAUGCUCAUUUUCUAAAAGAUAUAAAAGCAAUCACAUGGGAGCCCCUUUGUAUGUUUCUUGGCUUCCCUUUUCUUGAUCUCUGCACUGUCAAGAUUCUACUUUUAAGAUUUCGAAUGUUUAGAUAAUGUGCGAUUUUAAUUUGAACCUGCUGAGUCCUAUAUUUGCGAGAAAUAACUGUCUUAAUGGCAAAGUUGGAUAAUUUAGUAAUUUCAAGAGCGGAUAUAAUAGUUGUCUUAAAUACUUUUAAAUAUAAAUGGCAUUAGGAUAGUUCCAGCUUGGAUUGAAGGGAGGAUAUAGUUUAUUAGUUGAAUACUAUUUGGAGUUUUUCAGAGAUCUUAAAUGUACCAGCAGGUACUACAGUUCAUUUUAUUCAGUUCAAGGCACGUAAUUUCCAGAGCUGUAACUAUAUUUGGUUUAUUUUGGAUAUGGGUUUGAGGAGAGAUUAUUACAUAUUCCUUCUGAUUGUUAUUUUUAUAAUUACUAAAGAUGAUUGAUGAAAUAGAAAAAAAUGUUAUACUUAGUUUGCAAGUGAAGUGUAAGUGGUUUUUGUUGUUUUUUAAAAACAUCUUCAGAGUAUUAGCAGGUGGAAGAAACCAGGUAUUAAAAAUUAAAAAUGAGAAGCUGCCAGAA